AUGGAAUCAUCUCUAAGUAUUGAUGAACUUAUUCAAGAAAUGGAUAAACCUAAUUUAACUGGUUGGAAAUUAUUUGCUCAAACUCCAGAUGUAUAUGUCUAUGGACGAACAGAUGAAGGAAAUAAACUAUUACGCUACAAAUGUUAUUCACACAUUCCUGAUGUAACACCUGAAGUUUUUUAUAAAGUUGCACUUGAUAUUGAAUAUCGAUUAAUUUGGGAUAAAUACCUAAAAGAAGCAAGAGAAAUAAGUGAUGGAGAAAAAAAAGGUGUUUAUUGGCAAGUGACAAUGCCAUUAUUUAUUGACAAUCGCGACUAUACAUUUGUACGAGAUUAUGGUGAAUAUGAUAUUGGUGAUCGUCAUUUUUAUUAUGCUAUGGCACGUGCUGAACAUUUUAAGAAUGUGCCACCAAGAAAAAAAAUUGUUCGUAUUGAAACUUGUCAAUCUCAAACAUUACUUUGUUCAGAUGGUGCAAAAGGUCUUAAAUCUGUCUUUGUAUAUUGUGAAGAUCCACGUGGUAAUAUUCCAAAAGCUGUUUGGAGUUGGGCUGCUAAAUUUGGUGUUCCAUUAUAUGCAAAAUUAACACAUAAUGCAUGUAUUGCUUAUCCUGCAUGGAUAAAAGAUAAAAAUACUAAAUUACCUGAUGUUACUGAAGAUGAUAUUGAUGAAGCAGCAAUUAUUGCAAUGAGAACUGCAAUAAAUGAUUUAGUAAAUGAUGAUAAUGAAAUUAAACAAGAAAAAGAAUAG